AUGACAAAAAGGCAAGCAAUUGAGGCACUUGAUAAGAGCCUGAGAGACAUCAUGGAAAAGCAUGAUCUACCAUUUGGAGGAAAGACGAUUAUUUUUGGAGGCGACUUCAGGCAGGUCCUUCCAGUUGUGCGAAAGGGUACAAGAGCACAAAUAAUAAAUGCAACAUUACGCAAAUCUUACCUAUGGGAAAACAUGCAAAAGCUGAGGCUUGUUCGUAAUAUGAGGGCUCAAUCAGAUCCAUGGUUUUCUAAAUACCUACUACGUAUCGGGAAUGGCACUGAACAAACUGUGAAAGAUGACUAUGUAAAGAUACCUAACGAGAUAUAUGUGCCUUACAUUGGUGCAGAAUCUGACAUUGAUAAUCUUAUUGAUAGAGUGUUUCCUAUGUUAGCAACACACAUAUCCAAUUCAGACUACAUCACAUCUCGCGCUAUUUUGUCAACAAGGAAUGAGAACGUCGAUGACAUAAACAUGAGGCUUAUGGAAUGA